AUGUCUAUGAAGGUGGAUAGAGCACCGCUCAGCCUAGCAGAAAAUUCUAUUAUGAAACUGGGUGAUUUCCAUGUAGACAACCCAGGUAGACAAGCAUGAAAGAGUGAAGAAUCAAGGAUACGCAACCACCUUUUAGGUGCAACAAUUUAUCACUGUCGCUAUUACCUUUUCAAUUUUAAUUUAUUUAUUUAUUUAUUCACAAAAAGCAUAUUAAAUUUAUAA